UCCGACUAUUGUAUCUGGACGUAUGUUUCCAACUACUUCUCAAAAAAUCAAAGCUCCAAAUUCCUCUGACCGUGUAAUAGAACAAUGGCAGCCCCCGGCUUACAAGAGUGGAGAGUGAUCAAGCCUUGGCUUGAGCUAAACUGCGCACUUGGUGAAGGGCCAUUUUUCGAGAAGGAGACAAACUCAGUGCGCCUCGUUGACAUAAAAAAGCGUCAGAUACUUACUGUAUCCGCCGCUGAUAACGGGGAUGGCUCUUCUCUGAAGGUAAUUCAGCUGGAUACGCGCCCAACCGUCACAGUCGAUAUCGAGGGAGUGGACCCUCAGGAUCGUAUCUUGAUCGGUGUCAAACAUGGAGUUGCUGUGCUGGACCGCCGGGCUGGGACAUACACAAUGCUUGUGCAAUUUAAUGAACAAAAUAACGAGCGUAUACGCUCCAAUGAUGGAGCUGCAGACCCCCAUGGAAAGCUGUGGCUAGGAAGCAUGACUGACUUUGAGCACGGAGAACCCCAGCCAGAAGGAUUCCUUGCGCGCUUUGAUUCGUCCAAGUCCAAAGAAGAGAUCCUGACGGUCUUGCGCAUUCCCAAUGGGAUUGGAUGGUCACCAGAUAAUAAAACCAUGUACUUUACUCACUCCGCAUCUCGAGAGGUGUUUGCAUUUGACUAUUCUCCCGAGACUGGAGCUGUCAGCAACAAACGCCUGUGGUAUCGGCAUGAAGGACCAGGAGAACCUGAUGGCUUCCGUGUUGACGUGGAUGGGAACGUGUGGCAUGCCGUUUGGGGAGAGAGCACGGUGCUCAAAAUUAACCCCCAAGGUAAAAUUAUUGGAAAGGUAACUUUACCGACAAGACACAUCACCUGUGUGCAGUUUGUGGGUACAGAGUUAGUCAUCACUUCAGCCGCGGACGAGGAGGGCGAUGAUCUAAGUAAGAAGUAUGGCGGUAGUGUCUUUAAGGUUGAUGUGGGGACUACGGGAUUGGAGCUUUUCAAGUUCAAGUUAUAACCAAAGGGCAUCGACAGUAACAAGCACUUGCCCUUGCAACUGGAGCUUUAACGCCGACAUCGCAUUGGUUACGAGCGAGAGGAGCCUGACUAGCGGAAAACAUAUACGCCUGAUACUACAUAGACCCUUGACACAAUUGGAGAUGUUCAACUUGGUCCAAAGCAAUCCAUAGUCGAACAACUCUUCUUUCGAAAAUACAAAUCCUGAAGCAUGCCCAAUUGUUAACUAUUACUACUGCC